GGGGAGUAGAAUAAAAGUCACCGAUUCUUCGCCGCUGCAACAGUUUUUGUAUUUUUUUCCGGUUCUCCUUUUCCUCUCAGUACUCAGUCUCACAGCCUGUGAAAGCCAGACUAAGAGCAACAUGAUUAUUGUAGAAAAUUUUGUGGAAAAAGCUUUCAGGCUCAUAUAUGGGCGUUGCUACGAUCCCACCACCACCGAAGACCCCGAAUCACUUGGCCCCCAUGUCGUCUCCGCCCUUGAUUUGGGUGUUCCUGCUAUUGCCCAUGAUCUCUCUUACUUUGAUACCACCUUCCAGGUUCCCGAAGGGCUCAGUAGGCAUGUUGUGUCAUCCAUGGAGGUUCAGGCUAACUGGUAUAGAGAGCUGCUAGAGGCAUGGGAAGAAGCAACAUCCCCACCCAAAACAAGAGAAGAAGCUGCUAGGCUUGUCAUCAAGACCUUGAAGGGGGAUGAACAGGCAGAUGUUGAGGGAUUAUUGGCAUUCUAUGGUCUGCCCCAUCCACUCCCUCCACCCCCUCCUCCCCCUCCUCCUACUCUCAUCCAAGUUUCAGCUGAAAGUCCAUCAUCAUUGCCUUACGGAAUUCAGUUCGAGCUGCAUACAUUACCUGUCGAUGCAAAAGAUGUUGGAGAUGGGGAUGGGAUGACAGUUUACGUGAGCACAGCUGAUCCCCAGGAGUCAAAAAGCAUACCUAGAGAGGUAUUACUGGCAGUUGAUCAGAGAUUAGAGGUGCGUGGCCGGAAGUAUUCUAAAAGGGCAGAUGCACUUCACCGGCAGAUUAUUAAUUCAGGAUACAGAUUCAUUAAUCAUCAAAAUGGGGAGAUCCUUGCUCGAAAAUAUCGCAUUCGUCUAAGGGGUAUAGAUGCACCGGAGAUGUCAAUGCCUUUUGGGAAUGAGGCAAAAGAUGAGCUGGUUAAGCUUGUUCGGGACAGGUGUUUGAGAGUGCUGGUCUAUGAGAUAGAUCAAUAUGGGCGCAUUAUUGCUGAUGUAUUCUGUGAUGGCAUAUUUGUGCAGGAAGUAAUGCUCAAGAAGGGGUUUGCUUGGCAUCACAAAGCCUUUGAUCAACGUCUGGAAUUGGCUACUUGGGAAAAGGAGGCUAUGGGAAAGCAAGUUGGCUUGUGGGCUUCACCAAACCCUGAGAAGCCAUGGGAAUGGAAGAAAAAGAAUAGGAGAGAAGAGAAGGCAUCAAUAUUAUCCUGAUGGAAGAUAAAUAAUAGCAGGAUAGAGGAAGAGAAAGAAAAGUGGUCUCAUUUGUGAAAUUAAUAAAAAUUAGUAUUGUAAAGUAUGCAUUGACAAAACACUUAUUGUAAUGUAUGGAUUUGUCUACUCGGGAGUGUGCUAAUAGUUAAGAGCCUGAGUAGAACAGCUUGAAGAAAAACCACUGGACUUGUCAUGGAUAAUGUUCAAAGCAAUGAGAUGACACGGACACAUUUAGGUUGUCUGUUUUAGGUUCUAGUUUAUCUAUCCCGUUACAUGUUUC